GAAUCUGCUUAUUUUUAACCUCUCAUAAUUAGCAAAUGAAAGAAGUAAUUGAAUUUGACUCAGUGGAAGAAAUCUUCUCCAUUGUACACUCUGGUGUGAUUGACGAUGAUUUGAACGUUGCCACAAAGCAGACUCGGCAACUCACGAUUGAACAUGAAACCCGAAAUACCGAAGACGAAACCGUUCAAGCACCGUUUUUGCGACAAGAAUUUAAUCAUCCUCUAUCAGAAAGUGAAGAUGACGCUGAAGAAAAUAGCAUAAUACAGCAGUUAAAGGAAAGACGAAAGCAGCUCGAGCAAGAUCUGUUGAAGGCUAGUCCCCCAACGCCUAACGUAAAUAUCAGAAAGGCUAAGAAAGACGAAAAGAAGGAGAAAUCGAAUGAACUUCGGGAGCAAGUUGUACCUGGAGCCACUCCAUUAGUUAUCGAUACCAACUGCUUCAUCGGUGAACUAGCCAAUGUCAAGAAAGUUAUCCAGUGCGCCAAAUGGCAGAUUAUUAUACCACUUGUUGUCAUUACCGAAUUGGACGGCUUGCGCUCAAAUCAUUCGGCUUUAGGCACGAAUGCGAAGGAAGCCCUUGCCUAUCUUGAACAGAUCUUCUCACAAAACAAAUCUCUGGGUACUAGACAAGCUCAUGUGCGGAUACAAACAUCCCACAACAACUUUUUACAUGAUAUCUCAAUGCGUUCAGAACAAUUCAUGUGGGGUGAGACUGACCGGAAUCUGGAUGAUCUUAUUUUGUCGGUCUGCGUUUGGUGGGCAGGGCAAUCUACGACGGAGACACAUCCCGGUGCGCAGAAGGUCUGUCUUGUCACUAGUGACCGAAAUCUAAGUGUCAAAGCGCGAGCCCGUGAUAUUAGAGUAGCUGAUAUCUCUAGUCUUUCACGAAUUGUAACAAAGUAGUUACCAUCCUGGGAAACUUUUAAAAUUUAUCAGACAUUGAAUAGAUUGCUUGCAAUUGACUAAUUACUAUACGAUGUCUCCAAUUUCUCAUUUUUUGGUAAAUCUCUUUCGAAUGUCUACUUAAUAUUUUAUGCAAAUUGUAUGAGAUAAUAUGUACAUGGGUUUUGAUGAAUUAACUCGACAUGACAGCGAAGUUUUUCUCCAUAUCGCUAAAAAUAUCCACACCGGCUUCCAAAGAGUCGAUCAAUAUUUCCAAUUUGCGAUGAUCAAAGUUCUCUUCCUAA